AUGGACCUGCCAUUCUGCACCGGAACCCUCAUCUCUGAUCGCCACGUUAUGACCGCAGCCCACUGUCCGGCGGACCUCGAAUUCGAACAACCGACUAAAAGCGAAAAGACGAUGCCUACCUGGAAGAAUACGAAUAUCUGGGUGGUAGUUGGGGCCAAAUGUGUUGCAAAGUCGGGAGUCUGUGAGGAGAGAAAUGCGCAGAGAACGGUUGUAAAGGUGAAAAAUAUCGUAAUCCCAAAAGAAGCGGUCUAUGGUACAAACUGGAGAAUGGGCGGAGACAUCGCAAUUCUCGAAUUAGAAACACCAUCCGCCACGAUCAGAUAUGCAUGUCUUCCACCCUGGAAAAAGGACUUGCCCUAUGAUACUUUAUAUGGACAUUGGGGUUGGGGAUACUUGACUGCUGAUGCCGGUAUCACCACCGACACCCUGAACUACAUCGAGAAAGUCGAACUUGUUGAUUGUGCCACGAAAAAGCAGCGCAAAUCGUUAGACAAGGACGUGUUGUGCGCCAGAUCGGAGAAAUAUACCCAAGGGAUUGAGGGGGGCGACUCGGGCUCGGGCUUUGAGCGACUAAUGCCAGACGGAAUGAAUUGGGUGGUCGGUGUGUCGGUCUUUACGCUAGAAAAGCUGGACGAGUCGUACAUGACAGACACGCGCCGCUACGCCAAGUGGAUUUGUGACCUUACGAAUUUGUGCUAUAUGCAAAAGACUCGU